AUGGACAUGAACCUUCUGUCUCCUGAUCAUGCAGAUGAUGACUACAUCGACAUGGAAGUCAGCUCAUACUCCAGUUUCCUCUCCCACUCGAUGUCCUCUCCCCAACAUCCUCGAGAGUUUGAGUUCCAGAUGUCUUCGAUCUCUCUAGAGAGAGAAACAACCACUUCACCAGCUGACGAGCUGUUCUACAAAGGAAAACUCCUCCCCCUUCACCUCCCUCCAUGUCUAGAGAUGGUAGAGAAGUUCCUCCAACACUCUAAUCCGUGUUACGAUGACGGAAGAAGUACAUAUGAGGAACAUUACAGCACUCCAUUGGUGACUAACCCUACCACCCCGACUACUACGAGUACCCCGUUUGAGUCGUGCAAUAUAUCACCUUCCGAGUCGUGUAGGGCCAGUAGAGAGCUGACCCAGGAAGACUAUAUCACUGAGUACUUGACCGAGACGAUCGACUCCAUUAGAGAAAAUCCAAAGAAGUCCUGGACGAGAAAGAUUAAGUUGAUCAAGCAAUCCUCACUUGGUUCCAAGCUUAAGGCUUCUCGCGCUUACAUCAAGUCCUUGUUCGGCAAAUCGGGUUGCUCAGAUGACGCUCAUGCAGGAAACGCUAAAGCUUCAGGUGAAGAAUCAGCUCCAAAAGACAGAGAUUCCUCAAGUAAUUGCGAGAAAGUGGCCAAGAGAAUCCCAUUUGGCCAAAUCUACAGGUGCAAGAAUCAAGGUUCAACUUCAUUGCUGACACACCUAAACGAAGAGAAAAGAACUGACAAUGGAGUUGGGGGUCAUAGGAGGUCUUUUUCCGUGUCUAUUAAAUGGCAUUCACCCAACAAGAUUACAUCCUCCUCCUCAUCAUCUAAAUCAUCUUCGUCCUCGUUCUCGAAAAGUUCAAAUGGGUUUAAUGAGUCGCAGUUCCUCAGGAGAAGCAGCAGCGUGAAAUCCGAGAUGGAAAGCCCAAUCCAGGGAGCAAUAGCGCAUUGCAAACGGUCUCAGCAGUUCUUCCGUUCCAGAAAGAAUGCGGGAGAAGUUGGGUUUCUAUCGCUAUCAACGUCAAGAAUUUCUGUUAGUGAGGAUCAUGAAAAGGCCAGUUACCAUUUGAGGGGAUGA